AGAUUACAUGAUGGAAUUCAUGCUUUCUCAAGAAAAGCUACGUGUCUUGGACCAGUACCGUUGAAGAUACCUUCUGAUUGCAACACCAGAAGCGGCGUCCUGUAACACCUUUGUCAAAAGAACACAUACAAUGGAUCUCAAAGAAAGCUGCCCAAGUGUUAGCAUUCCCAGCUCUGAUGAACACAGAGAGAAGAAGAAAAGAUUUACUGUUUACAAAGUGUUGGUCUCAGUUGGCAGAAAUGAGUGGUUCGUCUUCAGGCGGUAUGCAGAGUUUGAUAAACUCUACAAUACGCUAAAGAAGCAAUUUCCCACUAUGAACCUAAAGAUUCCAGCUAAAAGAAUAUUUGGAGAUAAUUUUGAUCCAGAUUUUAUUAAACAGAGAAGAGCGGGACUGAAUGAAUUCAUUCAAAAUUUAGUUCGACAGCCAGAGCUAUGCAACCACCCAGACGUCAGAGCAUUUCUUCAGAUGGAUAACCCAAAACACCAGUCGGAUCCAUCUGAAGAUGAAGAUGAAAGGAGCAGUCGGAAGUUAAACUCUACCUCACAGAAUAUCAACUUGGGACCAUCUGGAAAUCCACACGCUAAACCAACAGACUUUGAUUUCCUGAAAGUUAUUGGGAAAGGCAGCUUUGGCAAGGUUCUUCUUGCAAAACGAAAACUGGAUGGGAAAUACUAUGCUGUCAAAGUGCUGCAGAAAAAAAUUGUUCUUAAUAGGAAAGAGCAAAAACAUAUUAUGGCUGAACGUAAUGUGCUUUUGAAAAACGUGAAACAUCCAUUUUUGGUUGGAUUGCAUUACUCAUUCCAAACAACGGAAAAGCUUUACUUUGUCCUGGAUUUUGUAAAUGGAGGAGAGCUGUUCUUUCACUUACAAAGAGAACGUUCCUUUCCUGAGCACAGAGCCAGAUUUUAUGCUGCUGAAAUAGCCAGUGCACUGGGCUACUUACACUCCAUAAAUAUAGUGUACAGGGAUUUAAAGCCAGAGAACAUUCUCCUAGAUUCACUAGGUCAUGUUGUGCUGACAGACUUUGGACUUUGUAAAGAAGGGAUUGCAAGUUCUGAUACCACUGCAACUUUCUGUGGGACACCAGAAUAUCUUGCACCAGAAGUCAUUAAAAAGCAGCCCUAUGACAACACAGUAGACUGGUGGUGCCUUGGUGCAGUUCUCUAUGAAAUGCUUUAUGGGCUGCCUCCUUUUUACUGCCGUGAUGUUGCUGAGAUGUAUGAGAAUAUUCUUCAUAAACCCCUGGUUUUGCGCCCAGGAAUCAGUCUUACAGCCUGGUCUAUUCUGGAAGAACUUUUGGAGAAAGAUCGGCAAAGCAGACUGGGAGCAAGGGAAGAUUUUCUUGAAAUUCAAAAGCACCCAUUCUUUGAAUCUCUCAGCUGGACUGAUCUUCUUCAAAAGAAGAUUCCACCACCGUUUAAUCCUAAUGUGGUUGGACCAGAUGAUAUUGGGAAUUUUGAUGCAGUGUUUACAGAAGAAAUGGUCCCAUACUCAGUUUGCGUUUCUUCCGAUUACAACAUCGUUAAUGCCAGUGUCCUGGAGGCGGAUGAUGCAUUUGUUGGGUUUUCUUACGCACCACCUUCUGAAGAUAUGUUUUCCUAGGAAGGUAGAAGCCAACAGUGUUUUGGGGUGAACUGAAAUGUUAGGGUUACAGACACAUUCCAAAAUAGCGUAACUAGUGCCUCGUUCUGUAUGUAGGUUUGGAACCUAUGAACAAACUUUCUCUGCUGUAUAGGAGGAAUUUGGGCAUUUUGGAUGGCUUUCUCUGGGGUCUGAACUGUUUGUUCCUGCUGCAGAAAAUAUUUUUUAAAACCUUUAAAAAGCAUUCUCUAGAUAUUUUUUAAGCAAAAACACUGACUGUUCUCCUCAAUCCCUUCAAGUUUACAUUCAUACUUAUCUAAGAUUUGGCUGGCACAAACAGCAGCAAAUUUAGUAAAUUUAUAAAUGCUUUUGUACCUAUUUACAGUGACUUUGUGCUUGAAUUGUAACUAUGCAAAUUGUCUUUUGUAUAUCCCGGUUUAAAGAAGGUAAAUGUUUUCCCUGUUAUAUCAGUUUGAAAUGUAUGUUAAUUUACCUGUCAGCACUUAAAUGAGGGGUUAAUAUAAGUUAAGACCAUGAUUCUUCAAUGACUUCUACAGAAUGAAAAGGUGGUCAUGUAAAAGUGGAUUGUUGCUCUUCGCUUGCUGAAGUACUGAUGCACUCAACUGGAUUACCUGAGGUGUGGGGGAUGACUCAGAGCAAGGAUGGAACAAAUUAACUGGAUUGAUUUGAUAACUUCACUGAUCAUGUGUUCUGCUUUGCUUUCUUCCCUGAGAUAAAUGCAUCUAUAUUUCAAUAACAUUUUAAAUAGUUUUGGU